AUGUCCGACCGUCGAGAUCGUGAUAGAGGAGACCGUGAUCGCGACAGAGAUCGAGAUCGUCGGCGUCGUUCCAGAUCUCCUCGAGACCGCGAUCGACGUGACAGGAGGGAGCGAGAUCGUUCCAGAUCUCCCAAAGACCGCGAUCGUGAACGUCGGGAGCGGCGUGAUCGUGAUCGUGACAGAGAACGGGAUAAAGAUGAGGAUAAGAAAGAGGAAGCGAAGAAACCCGCUGAGGGCGAAGUUCAUAGCGAUAAAUUGACGGGAAUAGCUGCACAGGUAAGUUGGUUUUAUUUUCUGUUCCUUCUUCUGUGUUUAGAUGGAGAGCAUGAAUAUCUGUGGCAGUAUGAAAGUAUUUGGCCAGUCAGCAACAACAUUUAGAAUUUCAUUUUUGAAAAAGUAAACCUAUUCAUUUCAGCUGGAAGAAGAGACUCGAAAACGUCGUGAGCGAGUUGAAGAGUGGCGUAGAGCCCGCGAACGGCACGAAGCACGUUUGCAGGAAGCUAAAGAUCAACUAGAGCUCGAAACAGAAACCCAUAAUGGUCAUUCCGAACCGCAAGAGGGAGUUCUUGUUGAUGAGAACGAAGAUGUGGAUGAGGAAGAUUCCGAAUCCGAAGAAAACAGUGAUGAUGAGUUGGAUGACAUGGAUGUGGAUAAUAAUAAUGGGUAAACAGAGUUUAUCUUUUUUGUCUUUGACUUUUAGGAAACAAAAUUGGAAAAGAUCUGAAAAUUAUAUUACUUUAGAGUCACCCAAGCAUCCGAUGGUGAUGAUGAAGAUCCUCUUGAUGCGUACAUGGCCUCCCUCGCCGAGUCGGACAAGAAGGCCAAGAAAGAUGACAAGCCAGCCACACGUCGCGUAGUAAUAUCCGAAGCGGACAAGACCACCGACGGCCCGGCAAAAGGCGAUAUUAUUGACAAUGAGGAGGAGCCGGCUCGAAUCAUCGAAGAUUUCGAUAUGGGCGAGGAAAUGAAGACGUUAAUGGCGAGAUCCAAGCAUCUGCAAGAGACGGAUCACACCAAAGUCUAUUACAAAGAGUUCCGAAAGGACUUUUAUCACGAAGUUCCGGACCUGCAAAGGAUGACAAAGAAGGAAGUGGAUGAAUACCGAAAAUCUUUGGAUAAUAUCUCGGUUAGGGGGAAGAAGCCGCCGAAACCGAUCAAGAACUGGGCUCAAGCCGGUCUGCAGACCAAAGUCAUGAACGUUUUGAAAAAGUAAGAGGAGAUUUUGAGAUUUUUUUGAGGAAAAAAUGAAUUUUUUUUUUGGGAAAGUGUCGUUUUGCCGUUUUUUUUUGUAUUUGACUGUUGCUAAUGGCCAAAAUAUUGUAGAUUGAACUAUCAAAAGCCCACUCCGAUCCAAGCCCAAGCAGUUCCAGCAAUUUUAAGUGGCCGUGACGUCAUCGGAAUUGCCAAAACCGGCUCCGGAAAAACCUUGGCCUUCCUUUUGCCAAUGUUCCGCCACAUCAUGGACCAGGAUCCGUUGGACGAAAUGGACGGCCCUAUUGCGAUUGUCAUGUCUCCCACCCGAGAGCUGGCCCUUCAGACCUACAAGGAAGCGAAGAAGUUUGCAAAGGCCCUGGAGCUUCAAGUUGUAUGCGUUUACGGUGGUGUUGGCAUUUCGGAUCAAAUCGCGGACCUCAAAAAAGGCGCGGAAAUUAUUGUGUGCACACCGGGAAGAAUGAUUGACAUGCUCGCGGCCAAUGGGGGUGAGUUUAAGAUUUGGGAUAUUGUACUAGGCAAAAUUGGUGGAAAAGUGGAUGAAAAUUGAAUUUUUUUACUGGUGAGAGGUCGGAAUAGUUGGAAAAUUGCAUGGUAUUUGAUUUGAGAAUGGUUUGAACCUAUUACAAUAUAUUUUUCUGUUGAUUUAUCUUGAUUUUUGGAUAUUUUUUAUAUUACACUAGGUAAGAUCAUAAAGAAAUGGUUCAUAGAUGACAUUUUUAGACUUCUUUUUUCUUGUGGUUUUUGGAUUGGGGUGAUUUUCUAUUAUUCUUUGCGAUUUUUUGCCUACUACAAUAUAAAUUUUUCAAAAAUUUUGGAAUUGUCCUUCAAAAAUUAACUUGCCGCUGUUUAGGCAAGGUCACGAACCUCCGCCGAGUCACCUACCUGGUCAUGGACGAAGCCGAUCGCAUGUUCGACAUGGGUUUCGAGCCACAAGUCAUGAAAAUUGUAAACAAUAUCCGGCCCGAUCGGCAAACCGUUUUGUUUUCAGCCACCUUCCCCAAACGCAUGGAAGCCCUGGCGCGGAAAGUGCUCCGAGAGCCCGUGGAGAUUCAGGUAAGAUACGAUUUUUUACCUAAAAAAAUUUUUGGAUCAAAAAAAGUUUUUUUUAUUUUUAGGUUGGCGGAAAAUCCGUCGUUUGCGGCGACGUAGAUCAACAUGCAUUGGUAGUGGAUGAACAUAUAAAAUUAUUGAAGCUCCUCGAACUACUCGGCCAAUACUACGAGCUCGGCUCAGUCCUGGUUUUUGUGGAAAAACAGGAAAAAGCUGACGAAUUGGUGUCCGAAUUGAUGGGCGCCGGCUAUAAUUGUGCCCCACUGCAUGGUGGAAUCGACCAGUUCGAUCGGGAUUCAACGAUUAUUGACUAUAAAUCGGGACGAUUGAAGAUUUUGGUGGGUUUUUUUGAAAAAAUUUUUUUUGGGUUACGGUAGUUUUGAGAGUUUUCGUUUUUCUUCCUUUUUGCACUGUGCAAUAACCUUUUUUGGGCUGUCGCUCGCACUCUGGCUUUUUUCGCACUGUGCAAAGUCGCUGGAGUGAUUUAUGCGACAUGCACUGUGCGAAAACAAAACUUUUCUUUGCACUGUGCAAUGUCUUACUUUUUGCACCGGGCAAUGGGUUUUCUUGGAUGUCGUUCGCACCCUGACUUUUUUCGCACAGUGCAAAGUCGCUGGAGUGGUUUUUGCGACAUGCACUGUGCGAAAACAAAACUUUUCUUCGCACUGUGCAAUUUCUCCCUUUUUGCACCGUGCAAGGCUUCUUCCGGCUGUCGCUCGCACCCUGACUUUUUUCGCACAGUGCAAAGUCGCUGGAGUGAUCUCUGCGACAUGCACUGUGCGAAAACAAAACUUUUCUUUGCACUGUGCAAUUUUUGGCUUUUUGCACCGUGCAAUAGGCUUUUUUAUGCUGUCGCUUGCACUCUGACUUUUUUCGCACAGUGCAAAGGCCAAAAAUCAGGGUUUUUUAAAAUCUUUUUGGGGUACUGUAACAAUUUUUUGUAUCUUGGCUGUUUAAGACAUAUUUAUUUUCAGGUCGCCACCUCGGUGGCAGCCCGCGGCCUAGACGUGAAGGAUCUCAUUUUGGUGGUCAACUACGACUGCCCCAACCAUUACGAAGACUACGUCCACAGAGUGGGGCGAACCGGUCGAGCCGGCAACAAAGGAUAUGCGUUUACUUUUAUUCUACCGGUGGGACAAGAACGAUUGGCUGGAGAGGUGUGCCGCGCAUUCGAAACCGCUGGAAUUGAACCCCCAGCAGAUGUGAAAGCACUGUUCGACAAGUUCAAAGCGGAACAAGAAGCUGAGGGAAAACAGGUAAGCAGGGGAACAGAAGUUUGCGAGGAAUGUCUAAAAAAUUUUCGUACACUGUGCAGGUUUUGGAAAGUUUUUUUCACAGUGCAAAGGCAAUAUUGAAAAUUUUUUGCACAGUUCGAAUGCGAUUUAAUUUUUUUUCACAGUGCGGAAUUUUUACUGUUUUUUCGCACGGUGCAAAAUUUGCUUUCCCCACCAUUUUUCGCACAGUGCAGUCGAAACUUUGUCUUUUUUUAUUUCAUUGCACUGUGCGGUUUUUGAUUUUUUUGCACAGUGCAAAAUUUAUUUUUCUCACCGGUGGCGGCGGCUUGAUUGUCUGCACGGUGCAGAUUUCCUCUGCGGUUGCACUGUGCGAUUUGUUUCUAUCUUUCGCACAGUGCAGUCGAAACUUGUAACUGGUUUUUUUGAUUUUAUUGCACCGUGUGGAAUUUUGUUUUACGCACCGUGCGAUAUUCUUAUUUUUUUCGCACUGUGCAGUCGAAACUUUCUAUUAUUUCGUUUCAUUGGACUGUGCGGAAAAUGUUUUUUAAACGCACCGCGCGAUAUUUUGAAAUUUUUCGCAUCGUGCAAAGUAGUGCUCAUAUAUUUUUUUCAGGUAAUCCUCGGUGGCGGUGGCUACAGUGGAUCCGGCUUCAAAUACGACGAAGCGGAAAGUGAGCAUGAGCUGAGCAAGAGAAUGUUCACCAAGUUGGUCCAUGGAAUUGAAGCCGGCGCUGAUGAGGAUGAUGAGGCGAUCGAGGAGCAGUUGUUGAUGUUGAUGAAGAGCAAAAGCAAGGUCACAAAGAGGGACACUAUCGAUGAUCCGUUCGGAUUCGGCAAAACUGGUGAGGAAUUAAAAAAAAUUUUUUUUUUGAAAUUUUUUUUUGGUAUUUUUUGGAUUUUUUGGAGGUUCUUUGAUGUUUUAAACAUGUCCCGAUUACAGAAACCCCCGGCCCGUCAGGCACGGCACCCGCGAAAGAAGGAAAAGGCCCAAAACCAACUCGAGAACAGCUCAAAGAGAAGGAAAAUAAAGCCGCAGCGGCUAGAGCUGCCGCCGAACGAAUCGCCAAAGAAAAACAGCUCGGCGCCAUUCAAGUCGCGGAGAAGGACGCAACCGCCGUCACGGCCGAAGCUGUCCUCAGAGGAGAAAGGGCUCCCGAACUAAAAUUAUCAGCCACUUCGCAGGCCAAACAGAUCGCUGAGCGACUAAAUUCGAGGCUGAAUUACUUACCGUCAGCCAUUCAUCCAUCUGUGAACCCAGAUUUCCACACGAAUUACUUUGAGGAAGAGGUCGAAAUCAACGAUUUCCCACAACAAAUUCGAUAUAAAAUAUGUUCAAGGGUAAGUGGGAGAGAGGUUUUUUUGAUUUUUGGAACAGAUGAAAAUGCUUUUAUCAUCGAAAAAUGGGAAGGAAUUUUUUUUUCGAGGUUUUUUUCAAUUUUUUGGGUUUUAUAUUGUAGUAGACAAAAUUGGUGAAAAAGUUAUUUUUCUUGAAGCAGAAUAUGUUUAGAACCUGUCCUAUGAAAUUUCUGGUCGAAUGAUACCUGAAUUGAUUUAAAUUUUGCUUCCAAUUUUUUAAAAAUACCUUUUUUGAGACUAGAAAAAAAUUAUUAAGUUUUUGAUGAUCUUGGGUCAAAUUUGGAUUUGAAAUGAGGGUAUUUUGGGCUAGAAAUUCGUCUAGCGGCCUAUGGAUUAGUGUGAAAGAAUAGAAAAUGAAUUUUGACCGCUAUUUCAGACGUUCUGAUAUUAUACAUCUUACCCAAAAAUUUUAAAAUUUCCCUUUUUUUAUCGAAUAAUCCCAAUUUUAUUUGCAGGAGAGUAUCGCACAAGUGGAAGAGUUUGCGAACGUUGGAAUCUCAGUGAAAGGAACCCACUAUCCACCAGGAAAGGAGCCCCGGGAAGGCCAGGAUCAGAAGCUCUACCUCCUCCUUCAAGCCCGCGAUGAGCCGGCCCUGCGGCGAGCAAAAGAGGAAAUUAUUCGAAUCAUGAGAGAACAGCUCAGAGCCUCCCUAAUGCAGGGCAGACAACCUACGGGAGGAAGAUAUAAUGUGUUCUAG